CUUCCGCGCGCGGCCCCUACUGGCAGCGCCACGGUUUCCGGAGGGGACGGCGCGCAGCUGCGCUGCUGAGCCGGCCGGAGCGAGAUGGCGGUAGCACCGUCCGGCCGCCUCGGUGCCCUGCCAGGGCCCAGCGAUCGCGUCCGUCUCCGAGACUCAGGCAGCGGCUGCGAGUCCCGGUACGGCGGCGCGAGGCGGCCGCUGUCGCAGCGCCGCACGGGGGGGCGGGCGGGAGAUGCCGAAGCUGCGCGGGGAGGCCUUCUGGAGGGAGACGCUGCGGAGCGCCCACUACGUGGUGGCGCCCAUGGUGGACCAGAGCGAGCUGGCCUGGAGGCUGCUGAGCCGCCGCCACGGCGCCCAGCUCUGCUACACGCCGAUGCUGCACGCCCAGGUCUUCCUCAGGGACGCCAACUACCGCCGCGAGAACCUCUACGACGAGGCCUGUCCCGAGGACCGCCCGCUCAUCGUGCAGAGGCAGUGGUGCUUAUUGGCAUCUACAAAGUUUGAAUUGUCUCAAGACCUAGAGACACCACAGUUCUGUGCCAAUGACCCUGAAGUGUUUGUCCAAGCCGCACUGUUGGCUCAGGAUUAUUGUGAUGCCAUAGACCUAAAUUUGGGUUGCCCCCAAAUGAUUGCAAAGAGAGGUCACUACGGAGCAUUUCUGCAAGAGGAGUGGGAUCUUCUUCAGAGAAUGAUUUUACUGGCUAACGAGAAGCUCUCUGUUCCCAUCACAUGCAAAAUCCGCGUUUUCCCAGAAAUUGACAAGACAGUGAAGUAUGCACAGAUGCUGGAGAAAGCUGGCUGCCAGCUGCUGACUGUGCACGGCCGUACUAAAGAACAGAAAGGACCACUUGCUGGCGUGGCAUCUUGGGAGCACAUUCAAGCCGUCAGAAAAGCUGUAAGCAUUCCUGUAUUUGCAAAUGGAAACAUCCAGUGUCUCAGUGACGUGGAAGAAUGUAUCCGUAAGACAGGAGUGCAUGGUGUCAUGAGUGCAGAAGGUAAUCUUCAUAACCCAGCUUUGUUUGAGGGCCGAAACCCAUUGGUGUGGGAGAUGGCUGAGGAGUAUCUGGAGAUAGUACAGAAGUACCCUUGUCCAUUGUCUUAUGUUAGGGCUCAUCUCUUCAAGCUCUGGCAUCACACGCUUCAAGUUUACCAGCAGCUGCGUGAAGAAUUAGCAAAAGUGAAGACUCUAGAGGGCAUUGUAGAUGUCAACAGGGAGCUGAAACUACGAUGCCAGGAAGAAAUAGCUAAUCAGAAAGAAGGAGAAAAGCCAAAAGAAGGGUUGCCUUUUUUCCACUGGAUCUGUCAGCCAUACGUCAGGCCAGGGCCAAAGGAGAGAUGCAAGGAGAAUGGAGCCAGUGGGACUGAAAAAGGUGUGCGAGGGAAGCGUGCUCUGGAAGAGGAGGAAGAUGGAAAUUCUGAGCUUCUGUCAAAGAAUAAGCAAAAAAAGAAGUUAAGAAAUCCAAAUAAAAGCUUUGAUCCAUCUUUAAAACCCAAAUACGCAAAAUGCGAUCAAUGUGGAAACCCUAAGCCCAGAAAGCCAACCGUAUCCUGGGCUGUGUGACCAGCAGGUCGAGGGAGGGGAUUCUGCCCCUCUGCUCUGGUGAGAAACUCCCCUGGAGUACUGCAUCCAGCUCUGGGGUCCCCAGGACAAGACAGACACGGAGCUGUUGCAGUGAGUCCAGAGGAGUUCACAAAGAUGAUCAGAGGGCUGGAGCAUCUCUGCUAUGAAGACAGGCUGAGAGAGUUGGGAUUGUUCAGCCUGGAGAAGAGAAGGCUCUGGGGAGACCUUAUCACAGCCUUUCAUAACUUAAAGGGAUCUUAAAAGAAAGGUGGGGACAGACGUUUUAGUGGGGCCUGUUGCAAUAGGACAAGGGGUAAUGGUUUUAAACUAAAAGAAGGGAGAUUCAGACUGGAUAUAAGGAAGAAAUUUGUUACACUGAGGGUGGUGAACCACUGGUGCAGGUUGCCCACAGAGGUGGGAGAUGCCCCAUCCCUGGAAGCAUUCAAGGCCAGGUUGGAUGGGGCUUGAGCAACCUGAUCUAGUUGAAGGUGUCCUUGCCCAUGGUGUGGGGGGGUUGGACUCGAUGACCUUUGAAGGUCCCUUCCAACCCAAACCAUCCUGUGAUUCUAUUCUGUGAUUCUAAAUCCUGAAAUAGGUCCAUGCCAGUGUUAAGUAAUGUAUGCAUACCAAGUCCUGCUGAUAUGUGGGGGGGGAAAAAAAAGGGUCCGUACUUAGGCAAAAGCCUCUUAACUGUAACCAGUCUCUGAGGUGAAGGCGCUGCGCAAAGUCGCUAACACGUAGGUUCUUUGAGAGCAUUUGCCUUCCUUUCCAAAAAAGUGCUGCUGCUGCUAUUUUAUUCCUAAGACAGUUGAGUGAGCUAGAUGAACUUCCCAAGAUCUCUUGGAGACAAAUCUCCAGACUUUCAGUAAUUACAUGUAUAUUGUACUGUGAAAUUAAAAACAAAACCCUCUUACUAGGAUUAGUGGUGGGUGGUGUUUUUCUGCAAGGAUUGAGAAUUUGAAUAACUGGUGUGGUUAUUGGUGUACUAAUACAAAUACUUAAAACAUCAUUGCAGUAGUCUGUAGUGAGUGUCAGGCAGCACUCUGCAGCUCUGUUUUUUGUUGGUUUUUUUGGAUCUGUGCCUGUAAUCAGACCAAGAAUGAGCACCUAGUCAUUCUCAGCUCUGAUUUUGCUAGCAGAUUAACAUCAGCUUUCACCAUUAGCAAUGUUAAACACGCCAGCUGUUUUCCAGGUUGUGUAUAGCAUAUUUGUUUGGGUUGUGGUUUUUUUUGUUUGUUUGUUUGCUUUGGUUUGGUUUUUGUCUGUCUUCGCUUGGGGAACAUAGCUGUUUACUUGACAGGGAGAUGUUGCUGAACUGAGUCAGCAGAGUGUAUUUAGUGCUGCUAAUAUACCUGUGCAUGCAGACAUACAGAGUGUAAGAAGCAAGGAAUAAUUUUGUGUUCUAGCUGGAAAAAAAAUAGGAUUACAGCUAUGGAGGUGGGGAGACAGGGACACAGGCAUGUGGAGUUGGCUUUCUUUUGUAACACUCUUAAAGCACCUUAGAAAUAGCAGCCAGCUGGAGCUCAAUUUGGAGCUGCAGCUACAGAAUAAAAUGUUUUUCUUGCUGUGUUCAUUAUUGGGAAAACAUUGAGCAUUCAUCUGGCCUGCUUUCAAAGUCAUCCUGUUUCAUAGCUAAUCCUGGUGACACAGCUUGGUGUGUCAACUAUGCUUCUCUGAAGCUGGGCUUAGUCUCUUUUGGUUUGCUCUUACAUCAUUGUUGCAGGCAGCCCUUGCAAUCUUGUGAUUGGGCCUGUAUUUUUUUUUUUUUUCCCCCCUAUAUUGUAUGUUUCUAAGCUGUGUCAUAGAAGGGGGAUGAGAACACCACCACAAAAAAAAAAAAAAUUUGAAAUUCAACCAAGGACUUCCUAAACAUGAAGGAAUUUUUAAUUGGGCUGGAGGGAGACACACCAAACAACAAAACCCCACUUUCCUGAAGGAUCACUAAGCAUGUGUGAGCCCAAGCAACGCAGACAUGCAGUCCAGUCUAGCCACGUUGUCGGCUAUCCAAGACUCAACUGCUGCUGUCCACUAAGGGUCAUACGUUAUAUUUUAAUAUAUACUCAGGUAUAUUUUAAGCUGCAAGUAGGGAAGCAGUUGCUGCAGUAACAUUUAUUUUAGGCAUAGCUACAGAUGGUAGCAAGCAUGUCAGGCAUUGUUUCACAUGCUACUUCUGCAGAGAACUACAGCAAGCUCACUUGCAACAAAUGUCGUAAUUGUUGUUCCAGAGUGCUUAUGGCACUUGCCUGCUUGUGUUGUGUAACUCGGGCUGCCCAACAGAUUACUGAUGUUGCAGAAGUUGAAUGUGGAAUUUUUUGUUUGGUUUGUUUUUUGUUCUCUAUGUACAAACAGUUGAUAGCUGCCCCCCCUUCCCCACAUCCACUCUGUCAUCUUCAUUAGACUGAGGUAUGACUGCCUAAUAUACAAGUUCAUGGUUUUUCUUCCAAAAGUCUGAAUGUGCAGAGGUGUAUUGUUGUUAUUAUAGCAAACGAUAAUAAUUUUAUUUUCACUGAUACAAACUUCUUUACACACAACCCCCCCCCCCAUCC